AUGUAUGCUGUGUCUAUUAGUGAUGAGGGUGACUGUUACCGGUGUUUCCCGCCCGAUCCGGGUAUUGAGACUGCUGCUCUAGGUCCUGGUGAGGCUGCUGCCCUAGGUGCUUGCGACGCUGCUGCCCUAGGUGCUCGUGUGUCUGCGUCCUCAGGUACUGGUGAGUCUGCGCUCUCAGGUACUACGUCGGCUUCGGCCUCCCUCACCUUCACCCUUGACUCUGGGGCGUCUCGCUCCUUCUUUAGGGACCGCACCACACUCACACCGCUGAGUCGACCGGUUGCAGUGUCUCUGGCUGACCCCUCUGGGGGUCCUGUCCUGUCUCGCUUCUCCACAGUCCUCCCGUGUCCGGCGGCUCCCUCUGGCACCCUGUCUGGUCUCUACCUCCCCUCGUUCUCUACGAACCUGGUGAGUGGUGCUGACCUACAGGAUGCGGGUGUACACCAGUUCACUCCUGCGCGUCAGCGGGUGACGCACUGUACAGAGGCUCGCACAGGCCGACACCUGGCUACGUUUACCCGUCAGCCGGGGUCGAGCCUGUACACACUGACCACUGCGUCUCCUCCCGUUACUGAGUCUGGUAGAGUCGCUUCGUCGGGUCAGGUGUUUGCUGCUGCGUCCAGAGGCAUGGCCUCCCGUCUUCUAGUGUCUGGUCUCCCCCGGUCCCUCCCUCCCCUUCCUCAGGGCCCUGGCCCUACCUGUGUCCCCUGUGUCGAGGGGCGCCAGCGUGCUGCCCCUCACUCCUCCCAGUUUCCUCCGACAGAGGCCCCGUUGCAGACGCUCCACAUGGACGUGUGGGGCCCAGCCCGCGUCCGUGGGCAGGGUCACGAGCGCUACUUCCUGCUCGUUGUUGACGACUACUCGCGUUACACCGCAGUCUUCCCCUUGUGCGGCAAGGGUGAUGUCACUGAGGUGCUGAUCGACUGGAUCCGCGCAGCUCGUCUCCAGCUCAGGCAGAGCUUUGGCUCCGACUUUCCUGUUCUGCGUCUGCACUCGGACAGAGGCGGAGAGUUCUCCUCUGGCCUUCUGCGAGCCUACUGUCGUGCACGAGGCAUCCGUCAGACCUUCACGCUCCCGGACUCUCCGCAGCAAAAUGGGAUUGCUGAGCGCCGCAUUGGCAUGGUCAUGGACGUCGCUCGUACGUCUAUGAUGCAUGCGGCUGCCCCCCAUUUUCUGUGGCCGUUUGCGGUGAGGUACGCGGCACGUCAGAUCAACCUUCACCCCAGGGUCUCCAGGCCGGAGACCUCCCCAGCCUUGCUGUGGACCGGGAAGGUGGGCGAUGCGUCGGCGUUCCGGGUCUGGGGAUCUCGGGCGUUUGUCCGCGACUUGUCUGCGGACAAACUGUCCCCUCGUGCUGCUCCUUGCGUCUUCCUGGGGUUCCCCCCAGACGCGCCUGGGUGGCAGUUCUACCACCCCACCUCUCGCCGUGUUCUGUCCUCUCAGGACGUCACGUUCGACGAGUCGGUACCCUACUAUCGCCUCUUCCCCUACCGCACUCCGUCCCCCCCCCCGCCCCCGCUCUUCCUUGUACCAGGUCCCCCCCCGGUAGACCCCCUCCCCCCUCAGGGUCCUGCCCCUUCAGGUGUGUCCCAGGUAGACGCAGUCGAGCCUGUCGAGGUCACUGGUGACUCUGGUGCUGCUGGGGGUGCUGAGCCUGGGGGUGCUGGGCCUGGGGGUGCUGGGCCUGGGGGUGCUGAGCCUGGGGGUGCUGAGUCUGGGGGUGCUGAGUCUGGGGGUGCUGAGCCUGGGGGUGCUGAGCCUGGGGGUGCUGAGCCUGGGGGUGCUGAGCCUGGGGGUGCUGAGUGUGGGGGUGCUACGCCUGGGGGUGCUUUGCCUGGGGGUGCUGGACCUGGGAGUGCUGCGCCUGGAGGUCCUCCGCCUCGAGUUUCUACGCGUGCUUUGUCUCGCCGGGAGCCACUCUCUCCACAGGAGCUGCGCGAGUGGUUUGCCCGGCGCUGGAGCCGUGCUGCUGGUGCUGGAGGUUCGUCGGCUACUGAGGGUGCUGCUGUUGCGGGUCCCGGAGGUGCUCGUACUGGGAGUACUGGAGCUGCUGGGCCUGCGGGUUCGACUGGAGCUGGUGCUGCUGAGGGUGUUGGCGCUGAGACUACCACUGGCGGUCCUGCUGGGGGUGCUCCUGGUGUUGCUCGAGGUUCUGGAGCUACUGGAGGUGCUGCUGGAGCGGGGUGCUCCUGCUGGGGGUACUGGUGCUGUCCCCUGCUGUUUCUGGCGUAG